AUCGAAACGACGCUCCCCGGGCGCGAGAUCCUGCUGCAUCCCGUGCUCAACAAGGGCACGGCGUUCACGAAAGCGGAGCGCACGCGGCUGGGGCUGGAGCUGCUGCUUCCGUACGGGGUGGCGACGUUGGCGACGCAGACGCAGCGCGCGUACGGGCAGUUUGCGCACGAGCAGGGUGCGCUGAAGAAGAACGCGUUCAUGAACAGCAUGUUGGAUCAGAAUCAGGUCCUGUUCUACCGGCUGCUGACCGAGCAUCUGGAGGAGAUGCUCCCGAUCGUCUACACCCCCACCGAGGCCGAGGCGAUCGAGAGCUACAGCGAGAUGUUCAGGCGUCCGAGGGGUUUGUUUCUCAGCUACCCGGACCGCGAGUGUAUCGGCGCGCUUCUGGAGGAAGCCGGGCCCGCGCACGUCGACAUUAUUGUCGUCACCGACGGCGCGAUGAUCUUGGGGAUCGGCGACCAGGGAGUCGGCGGGAUCUGGAUCAGCACGUCGAAACUUGCGCUGUUUACUGCGUUGGGGGGCGUGCAUCCUGCGCGCGUCCUGCCCGUGGUCUUGGAUGUUGGGACGGAUAAUCAGAAGCUGCUGGAUGAUCCGUUGUACGCCGGGUGGAGAGAGAAGAGGGUGCGGGGGAAGGAGUAUGAGGCGUUUGUGGAUACGUUUGUGAAAGCCGCGAGGAAGGUGUUGCCGGGGGCUAUGAUCCAUUGGGAAGACUUUGGACGGGAUGAGGCGAGGACGUUGUUGCAGAAGUAUCGGGAUCAGUUCUGCACUUUUAACGAUGAUAUGCAGGGAACGGGAGUCGUUACCCUUGCGUGCCUGCUCUCGGCCAUGCGGCAUCUAAAGACGGAGCUCAAGGACAUGCGGAUCGUGAUAAACGGCGCUGGAACAGCCGGAACAGGCAUUGCAGAGGGGUCGCGUUCCCACCCCUUCACAGACGCAAUCGCCAUGUAUGACCCCACCCACGACCUCGCCUCCGCCCGCGCGCAGAUCUACCUCGUCGACAAAGACGGCCUCCUCACAACCGCCUCCCCGUCCCCCACACCCUACCAACAACCCUACCUCAAACCCCCGCUCGCGUCCAACACCCUCCUGGACGUGAUCCGCACGGUCAAACCCCACAUCCUCAUCGGCGUCUCGACCCACCCAGGCGCCUUCACCGAGCAGAUCGUCAAAGAGAUGCACAAACACACGCCUCGGCCCAUCAUCUUCCCGCUGUCGAACCCGACCCGCCUCGCCGAGGCGCGCGCGGAGGACCUGGUGGAAUGGACCCGUGGUGAUGUGCUGACGGCCACGGGGAGCCCGACGGACCCGGUCACGUAUGCCGGCGGGACGGUGACGGUCGCGGAGGCCAACAACGCGUUCGUGUACCCCGGCAUCGGGAUGGGGUGUAUCGUCGCUGGCGCGACGCGGUGCACGGACGCAAUGUUGAGGGCGGCUGCGAGGGCGGUGGCGGAUGCGGCGCCGCGGGAUGUGCGCGAGGGGUUGAUGCCUGGGAUUGGGGAGAGUAGGGGGGUGUCGUUUAGGGUUGCGUGUAGGGUUGUGGAGUGUGCGGUGCGGGAGGGGGUGGCGACGAAGGUGAAGGAGGGGGAGGAUGUGGAGGAGUGCGUGAGGAAGGCGGUUUGGAAGCCGGAAUAUUGUCCCGUUGUUAGGGUUGAGCGGUUGUAAGGGGGUUGAGAUUGAGAGGGGGAGGGUUGGUGAGUCUGGUUUGCGUUCGGGAUUGGAUGGCUCCAUCUUGUUCUCUGGAGUUGACGGCGACACCCCGUACGCGGCGUAGCAUUCUGUUGUUAACCUAUUCGGAAGCAUGCAUUUCAUUCCAUGAGUUUUGUAACACACAUCGCGGCGUAGCGACCCUUAAUUAUCCUCAGACACCGCCAUUACGAACACAGCGAGUUUCCGCCAGACGCAUCAUAUCACAGAAUAUGCACAAAACGCUUGAUGUUUACAUAUUUACAAAGCCGUACAACAAAAACUAUGGCACUGACAAAAACUAAAGCACUGAUUGGGGGAUGACGACGAGGAAUGAUUGUCCAGGAGGGAGUGUCAAAAUCUGAUCCCAUGUCCUCCUCGCCGA